GCAGCCUACGUCCAGCUUACUAGAACACCCUAACCACGUGAAAUGCCGCAAACCAAGUGUAAGCUCCACCUACCCUCUGCCUGUCCGUAAGUACAAACCACGCCAUCGCGCACGCUGACUCUGGCCCAUUGUCCCAGGCAGGAUAAAGCGUCAGCGCCGAUGGGCAGCGACGCCCAUUUAGGCUGUUUACCAUAGUAACAUGCUCUGGACGUGCCGAGGCUCUUUGCUUGCUCCUCCGCAGUACUCCAACGACUCCACAUGCCCCAACUCCACACUAGCCGAUCGUCAUCUUCAACUGUGUCUGGUAUUGCGUCUGGACCGCGCCCGACUCUCCGCGCUGUCUGACACAUGGCGAAGCCCAGCCCGAGCUACCAAGCAAGACCUAGAUUCCAAAUCUUUUUGCCCUAUUAAAGCUCCGGCAGCGAGCUCGACGACCUGAUACUCACGCGCCCACGACCGUGGAGUCGUUGUACAACCACCCCUCACCCUCCUCGCAAUGGCGACCCUCGGCAACGUCCUCGCCACACAGCCCUUCAAAACCCUCUACGUCGUCGCUGCGCUCCUUGUCAACCUCGCCAAGCUCCCCUUCUGGAUCGCAAAGUACACGCUCGUCCGCCAACACCCCGCAUGGAGCUUCCGCCAGGCGCUCGCGCUGCGCAUGACGCGCGCCUUCAUCUCCGUUGUAUCGGUGGUCCGGAUGCGUACGCCGCUGCCGCUCACGCCGGGUAAGGAGGGCGCGCGGUUCGCAGUGAUUGCGCACAGAGCGGAAGACGCGGGCAAGUUCAAGGGGCCGAUGCUGGCGAACGCGCAGACGGUGCAGCCCGGCGACGUCGGCGCGACGUGGUAUCCCGCGCGGCUGGAGGCUGGCGGCGUGGCGGCGGACACGCGGGUGCUUGUGCACAUCCACGGCGGGGCGUACGUCGUUGGCGACGGCCGCACAGAAGCAACGGGAUACCUGGCGCGCAGUCUGCUGAAGCACACGCCCGCGACGCAUGUCGUGUGCCCGCAGUACCGCCUGUCAACGCUGCCGGCGGGUCCAGCGUCGAACCCGUUCCCCGCCGCGCUCCAGGACGCGCUGACGGCGUACCUCUUCGUUCUACACGAGCUCAAAGUGCCGGCUGAGAGGGUCAUCCUGGGCGGCGACUCGGCGGGCGCAAACUGCGCGAUUGCCCUGCUACGCUACAUCGAUGCGUAUGGCGGCGAGCUCGACAUACCGCCGCCCGGCGCCGCACUUCUGUGGAGUCCCUGGAUCAAUCCUACCGACGGGGACACGUCGUUUGUGCGGACAAAUCCGCACUAUGGAUCCGACUACAUCGAGCCGUCCUUCACGUCGUGGGGCGUGUGUGCGUUCGCGGGGCAGGAUCCGCCGCUGGCAGGGCCGAGCAUCAUCGCGAGCAACCCGUAUGCGAAUGCGAAGGUGAGUGGGUUCCGGACGCCGGUGCCGCUGUAUGUGAACGUGGGUGGGGCAGAGGUUCUGUACUUUGAUGGAAAGGAGUGGGCCGAGAUGAUGAGAAAGGAGGGGAAUGCGGUGCAUCUGGAUAUCACCGAGGGAGUUUGUCAUGAUUUGUUCAUGGUGGCUGGACUCGUAGGGAUGGAGAAGAAGGCGACGGAGAUGGCGAAGAGUGCCGGCGAGUGGCUGCGGGGUUUGACAAGAAAGUAGAGAAGAUGGGAGAGAUAUCGACGCGUGUACACGGUAGCAACCUGCGUAUCGUUUAGCAAACUUGAUGAAUGUAGACUACAAGGGCCAAUGAAGUCUCAAGGUAUGGGCAUUCCGAAAUAGAAACUGUUCUACAAUAUCCCUGUUUUUUGUUAUACCCGACGCCACUCCCAUACCGCUUAAGCCUGGGCCUUAAUGAGCCUGGUCCCUAAUG